ACUCAGUCAAAAACGAGAGUAGAGGUAGAGAGAGGUUAAAUUAAUUUAGAUAAUUUUGGGCAUAAAUUGCCAAUUGAUUUUCUAUGAAGUGAUCUACGAAAACAAAAUAUAUAUAAUUAUAAUCCCAGCAAUCUAAUUAACCUUCAUGGUUUUAAAAUAAUACCAAAAUGAAUCUAGCUAAGAACAUUUGGAGGUUUGCACCUGUUGUACGCAGUGCCAUCAAUUCAAACAUAAAAUUUUUGAGGCCCAUGUCUGCAUCGGUUACUCCCAUAUCCACAAAACCCAUAGAAAAUAUUGCUGUAUCAUAUGAACCCGACAAGCUGUACAAAAAAGUGGAACUAGAAAUGAGGGGCAUCGACCCUGCAGUUCUGCUAAGUUAUUCUUGGUUUUGUGUAGCAGCAGCUUCACAUUUGGGCAUUGAAGUCACCAAAAGUUGGGCUCUCAGAAAAGCAGAGAAAGAGAGGCACACGCUACUCAAAUGUGUCCACAUUUACAAGAAACACAGGGUGCAAUACGAGAUACGGACAUAUUUCCGAUUCAUUCAUUUACAAAGACUUACGGGCUCUACCUGUGACACAUACUUAGAAUAUAUAGAGAGGAAUCUCCCUGAAGGUUGUGCCCUCAAGGUCACAAAAAUUGAAUGCCAAAAAAUGCCAGAACAUUUGACUCCUCCUAGCGAUGCAUAAUGGGUACUUAGAUUGAAGUUAUUAGAAUAAAACAGUGUUAAUAUAA